AUAAUAUUUAUAAUUAUAUAUUAUAUAAUAAGCUUUCUCGAGUCGCUGUUGAGUUGUAUUCGAAAGUCCAUCUUGUCGUUGAACAAUACUAUUUAUUGAAAAUUGGUGAAAAUAGAGUUGCGAACGUUUUGCCGUCGAGUCGUACUACUACCUCGAUUUUAACAUGAGGCCGUGGUGAUAUCUAGCAGUGUUUCCAUGGUAUACCAUGAAGGUGCCGUUUCAUGUAGCGAAAUAAUCGCCGCGAAUGAAGGUCACAUGAUCAUUCGCUGUUCGCUAGCGAGUAAUCGCUGUUCGCUGAAAAGUUUCAGCUUGUAGCGAAUAUUCGCAAGGAGCGAAUAUGUCUGCUCCAACUAAGAAUGUUAACUUUUCAAAUUGAGUUACAGACAUGCGUAUGUAAUUAUUAAAUCUCAAAUCUUCUAAAACGAGUUUAGGUAGCACAGCAUGAAAGAAUCCAUGCACUUUCCUUUCUUGAAAAAUGGGUGCUAUCCAAUAUUUCUUUUUACAAUAUCUUUUUUUUCCACUUUUUCUCAAAUGUAAAAGUGUAGCUGCAACUGCAGCAGCUUUUCUUUUCUGUACAAUAUAAUAAUAAUUUGCUUAUUGUACAUAUUGUACAUAUGCAAUAACCACUACAGUUGGUGGUUAUACCAAGUCCAGUUUAUAACCGACUCGUCGUCCAUUACAAAGAUUUCAAGAUUUUCCUACAAAGUAAUAAUUUAAUCUAUAUUUGUCAAAUAUAAUAUUUAAAAGUAUUUCAAAACAACUAUGUAUAAUAUUUUCUUACUAUUGUUGACAUGCAACCAUACAGAUGUGACGCUCACAAACUAUUCAUGGCGAAUUAUUCGCUACUCGCUAAAAUCAUUCGCAGCGAAAAAUUCGCUGCAUGAAAAGGCACCUUCAAGGGGAUCCUGAAGUUGCUAGUGAAACAGUGUUGCCAUGGCAAGUUGUACGCACAAAAUUGCUAUCAUCCACACUCGAGAUAAAAUAAAGGAAUAUAAUGAAGCUUUUCGAAGUGACUUUAGAAGCGUAUUAAAGAAGAACGGUUUAUUCUACUGUCUAAAAACCUCUGGAAAACACCGUUCCUUGUUAUUACGUUUCUAAAGUCACUUCGAAAAACUUCAUUAUAUUCCUUUAUUUUAUCCCGAGGGUGGACGGGUGCAAUUUUGUGCGUACAACUUGCCAAAUUUUUAUAAAAAGCAAAUAUUUGUGCAAAUGGCAGCACCAUCGCGAAGAAAUUCCCUGGUCACUCCAGCUUGCCCUUAAACUUUAUGUUCCUACUCAAAGACGGGAGGGUAUCAAUUGUCCAUAGUGCAAUUGCGCACAUAGCGCACUAGGCUAAUAAAAUCAGUCAAAUUAACCUAACCUAACCAAACAAAGCACUUUGAUUGGCCUAGUGCGCCAUGUGCUUGAGAUGCUCCCCCCCACUACGCACAUACACAAUUUACGUAUCGUGUCGGUGUGUGCACACGGACACGCCACAUAGCUUGUGCGCGUCACGUGAUCAUCCCCACUCUAUCCCCACCACGCUACCAAACGAAGUUUCGAAUCCCUUACGCUGUCGUCUGUUCAUUUGGAUUUCUGGACUUGAGUGAUAAAGAUUAUAAACCAGUACAUUCGGUUAUUCGAAUUUUACGUGCAAAUAUCGUGAUAUAUCUACUCAUAUUGCUUUUCUUAGCUUUUUUCGCAAUGGCUACGAUAUCAAAUCUUCCCGAGGAAAUGAUAAAGUUUAUUCUGUGCAAUAACAGUAUUAAUAUACAAGAUAUUUUUAACUUUUGCACCACGUGCAAGAAUUUUAAUACGAUACUCGAAGACAAUGUAUUUUGGAAAAGGAAAUUUUAUCUAAGAUGGCCUCGUUUGAAAACAAUUAAUGAAAAAGAGAUAUGUACGCAAAAAGGAUAUGUAGAUUUUCGAAAAGCAGUAGAAACACGUGUAAAAUGUGGGAAGAAAUUAAGGUUUUUCCUCACUCAGAUAAACAAGAAGUAUUAUCGCAGGCGUAAUGGAACCAUAUUAUCUUCGCCUAUAAAUAUCGACGAGAAAGGCCUGAAUUUAUUAAUGAAUCCAAAUGAGAUGAAUUCUUUGAAUUCUUAUUUUCUUAUAGACGAAGUAACAAGUUUGCUUGAACGGUCAGAAAGGAAACAUAAAGAUGAUUUACCAAAUAGUUAUUAUACUUGUAAAAAGCUUCUUCCACACCUGAGGCAUUAUUAUCAAAGAAACAUAUGGCAGGAAUUUAGUAAGCGACCUGCUGAACAGCAGCUGUUGGAAGAAGCAGCAACGUUUGUUGCACAAUGGUAUCAACCAAGGAAAGAUAUCUUGUACUCCGACAUAGAUACGAAGCUAAAUAAUAUCGUACAAGAAGUGUUGGUGCAUCUCAAACUUAAAAAUCCCAAGCAUCCAAUUUUUUUGGCAUCUCCAGAACAGUUUUUAUUUUGGAAAAACAAUUAUAUCAACGAAAAUCAGUGGGAGAAUCACGACGCAAGACAAAUUCUAAAUACUCUUUGCCAAAUUUUCCUAUCUAAACUGAAUUUCCGCAGAAUUGUAUAUUCGGAGGAGACAAAUAUCCGUCGAAAAUAUUUUAUAAAUUAUGUUUUGGAAGAAAAAGUUGGAGAUAGUUUAUUGCUGACGAUUGUAUUCCAAAGUGUUGUCAGAAGACUCGGCAUAUGCUGUGAUCUAAUAAUACCAUUUGCAGAUGAUUUUCUUGCCGUGGUGGAAACUCAAUGUUUCUUAACUUGGCAGCCAAAAUACAAUGUAACAAACCCUGAAUAUUUUGAUAUCAAUAUAUUACACAAUGAAGUCCGUCUGAGUAAAUGUGAUCGCCCCAGAACAAGCCUAGAAGAAGCCCUCUAUAUCACAAGAUAUGGAGUUUAUAAUACAUUUGGCAAAAUAAAUUCCGCACAGCUGAUAGAACUGAUUAACUGGAGAAUAGUGCAUAAAUUUUCAUCUAUGAAUCUCGCACACAAAGACAAUCGUUAUUCCUUGGAGCUUCUGUAUUUGAUAAAACCAUGUAAUAUGAACACGCUCAUGCAAUUAAGCUUCUAUUAUUUGCAGCGACGUAUGAGCCAAAGACCUAUCAUAACUGCAAUAAAAAAGUUGAUAGAUUACAGCGUUGAAUCCACAACCACGAGUCGCGUCAAAAGGACACUAGAAGGUUUACAAAGAAUGGAAAGAGAGAACUCUGUGACCAUAGGCCGGCAUUUAUAGUCUGAUAGAUAUGGACUAGCUAUGAAGAUUC